GUCCGUGACAGAAGGUGACGGGAGAUAACAACAUCGCCGAGGGAGUGGCCGACACAUUAGAGGCACGAGAAGUGAUGGACGAGUUGUCAAGGACGCAUUACGCAACUCCACUGGCGGCCUUUGCUUUUGACGGUGCAAUAAUCGGGCCAGGAGGAUACGGUCGACACCUCAAAGGCGCUCUAGUGCAGGUGCACUUCACACUAAGACAUCCCAAGGGCAAAAGAAUGAACACGUUCAGAGCCAAAAUCACAGCCAUAAGAGUGCUAGCACCACCCCCACGAAUCAUGGAAGGAAACCCGCUGAUGUAUAGUACGAACGAACGACAGAGGGAAUUAAUGAUGGUACAGGAAUUGAACUGAAGGUGGGAGGAAGGACGGUUGGUGAUUAGGGAUAUAUCUCACAAUGCAAACAUGGGAUACAGGAUCAAGUAGACAAGCAGAUCAGAUUGGUCAGGGUAGUUAUAGGAAUAGGCACUGCUGGCAAAGCGUCGGGAAGGAGACUAGAUAUGAAUGCAGGAUUGAUGCCGACUCG